AUGCGACAUCCUGCAGACAGUAUUGCUUGGAGGAAAUUUGAUGAAGCACAUACAUAUUUUGCUCGAGAUCCUCGAAAUGUUAGACUUGGAUUGGCUUUAGAUGGCUUUAGUCCAUUUAAGUCUAUGUCUAUCUCACAUAGCACAUGGCCUGUUAUCAUGAUUCCAUAUAAUUUGCCACCAUGGUUGUGCAUGAAACAACCAUAUAUGAUAUUAUCAACUAUUAUUGAUGGUCCUCGUGCACCAGGUAAUGAUAUUGAUGUCUAUCUACAACCCUUAGUUGAUGAGUUAAAAGAAUUGUGGGUUGGUGUUGCCACUUAUGACAUAUCAAACAAUCACAUGUUUCAAAUGCGUGCAACAUUGCUUUGGACAAUUAGUGAUUUUCCAGGGUUAGGUAACUUAUCAGGAUAUGGUGUGAAAACUAGAUAUGCUUGUCCAUGUUGUCUUACCAAAACUAAACAUACAAGGUUGAAAAAUGGGCGAAAAUAUUGUUUCAUGUCUCAUACACGAUGGUUAUCUCAUGGACACAAGUUUCGAAAAGAUAAAGUGGCAUUCAAUGGCCUUGUGGAGUUAGAUGGAGCACCUAAACGGUUGACAGGAAUUGAGAUUCUUAAGCAAUUGAAUAAUGUUAAAAACAAGUUUGGUAAAGAUCUAUUGGCCAAAUCUCGUAAAAGGAAAUGGGAUGAUGUUGAUAAUUUGGUGCAAAGUAUAUGGAACAAAAAGAGCAUAUUUUUUGAGUUGGAAUACUGGAAAGACAAUAUGAUUCGUCAUAAUCUUGAUACGAUGCAUAUUGAAAAGAAUGUCUUUGACAAUAUAUUUUGGACAUUAUUGAAUGUUGAUGGAAAAGGAAAAGAUAAUUUAAACUCCCGUUUAGAUUUACAAGAGAUGGGGAUCCGAAAAGCUUUGCAUCCUAAGAAAAAGGCUAAUGGAAAAUAUUAUCUUCCUCCUGCAUGUUUCACAUUGAGUAACACACAAAAAGACAUCCUCUUACAAGUGUUAAAAGAUGUGAAAGUUCCAAACGGAUAUGCUUCAAAUAUCUCAAGUUGUGUUGAUAUGAAGCAACGCACAAUGCAUGGGUUGAAGAGUCAUGACUGCCAUAUUUUAAUGCAACAACUCCUUCCUAUUGCCUUGCGGAAUCUCCUACCAGUGAAUGUACUUAAGACAUCGAUUGAAUUAAGUAAUUUCUUUAGGGGCAUUUGUUCAAAAGAUCUGAAGAUAGGUGACUUAGAAAAACUCCAAGAUCGAGUUGCAAUAACUCUAUGUCAUUUGGAGAGAAUAUUUCCUGCAUCUUUCUUUGAUAUCAUGGAACAUCUACUUAUCCAUUUAGCUGAAGAAGCAAUGUUGGGAGGACCUUCACAAAAUCGCUCAAUGUGGUUUAUCGAACGGUUCUUGCUUUGUCUUAAAAACUACGUAAGGAAUAGACGUUAUCCAGAAGGUGCGAUUGCAGAGGGACGUUGGAUAGACGAGUUAAUGACGUUUUGCUCAUGGUAUUUAGAUGACGUUGAGACUAAGUCUAAUCCACCUCUAAGAAAUGAUGUUUUAUCUAAUGAAACGAAAGACCAAGAGGGUCGUCGAUCAAGUAGAGCGAAAGGAUUUAAGUUUGAUGACAUUACACGUGCUCAAGCACACAAAUAUGUUUUAUUUAAUUCUACCUCCACAACUUCAUAUCGUGAGUAA